GGUCGAGCCUCGUCGAUCUUAUUAUUUUUUUUGCGGGGUUUUGCAUCUGGUUGGCUAUUUAUCCACGGAAUUUGACGAGUAGAAUCCCGACAAACGCCAGCUGCUUGCGAUGUUUUCUACAUGUUUCUAACCUUACUUAACCAAUCGAAACCGCUUUUUGAGGCAUUGCCAUUCAGGUUUACCCAUUAUUUCCCGAGCCAACCUCAGCACUCUGGAGCAGCCGGCAGUUGCCGUUUGGGCAGGAUGGACGGUUGUCGGUUGGGGCAUACCGGUUCGGUAGCGCGGGCGUCUAAUGCGGGCCGUUUAUUUGGUUUCAUAAACUACGGAGCGCAACGAAUCAUUCGACUGUUUUAGACACCGCCGCCUCGGUUUAAAUGCUCACUACACUACUCGUACUUGCCUACACAUUCCAAAAGGAUCCGGAAACCUUGGCGCUUCCCAGGCCUAAACCGUGCCCAAGUUUCAGCAUGCCUUUGGAAGGGGCAAGUACAAGUGGGUACUACCGGUAUACGCAGAGUCGUUCUUUGUUUUUCCUGUCUUUUCGCUCCCCGGGUUCAGUUUCUCUAUUCUACUUGUACCGUUACCGUACCAGCAAUCCUUUAGCACUCGUAUUAAUUAUUUGGCUUGAUAUCGUUACGAUACCUGGAACCAGACACCGGACCCAUGAUCGGGUUUCGGAUCAACCCCUACCAAUUUGUCCUUGGAAAUGGCCGGAUCCCUCUCACCAUCUCUCCCAGCCAUUCCAGGUCCCUUGGUUCUUCAAUUCUUGAGACAUUCUCUCGGUUAUACUUUAGGCCCUCGAUCGCGCUAGCCUCGUCCAAUCAUGUGUAUCGCUUCUACGGCUAGCGGAGGAUCCUUUCUUUUCUAGGGCAAGGCUCGUCUUAAAGAAAAACAGUCGGCAUCCCUUCCCGCUAGGAUUACUCCACCUUGUGCUACUGGUACAAUUUACCUCCGAAAUCUCUUCCCUCAAACACAUGGUGUGGGGUUUGAAACGAGACCUUUUGAACCUAUCAGUCGAGGAGGGUACUCGAGUACUAUAGAUAGUACUAACUAUGCCUUUUAUGGCCUUCCGGGGAUUGGGCCUGCGUUCAAUCCUUACGGAUAUUUCUCGUUUUACGUUAUUGACUCAGCGAGGGGCACACAAUCGUGCUUGGGGGGGGGGUCAUAGCCGUCGCCUUCGUCGCGGUCUGGAUAUCUAGCAAGCUAACCCUCAACCGAAAGGUCGACCCGAGUGAUACUUAGUGAUGAGUGGGUGAGCUGAGAAAAAUCUGCAAGAAAUACAGGAUCACGCAACGCUCGAUCGAACGGGCUAUUAGAGGGUUACAAGUAUCCGAUAUGGGGUAGUAUUGGCGCUCAUAUGUGUGCGGGUGGUUUGCCAUACAAAGUUUUGGCCCCUGUGUUCGGGUGCUUCAUACCGGAUACUUGUGCAACCCCUCCUUUUUAUUACUCGUACUGGGGUAAUGACCAUUUGCUGCUGUCUUUUGAUUCCCCCUUGUUAAUAUCAAAGUGUCUGUAUAGUACCGGUACUAGUACAAGUGCCAGGGGAGAUAUUUUUGUUCGAA